CACCAUGCGUUUCCAGUCUAUGCUCGCUGCUGCGCUUCCUGCGCUCGUCCUCUCCGCUCCUACUCCCCAGUGGGACGACGUUCCUGAGGAGAACAUUGUUGGUGGAACCACCGCUGCUGCCGGCGAGUACCCCUUCAUCGUCUCUCUCCAGGUCGGUGGCCGCCACGUCUGCGGUGGUACCCUCAUCAACGGCAACACCGUUGUCACCGCUGCCCACUGCUCCGUCAGCAGCGUCAUUGGUUCCGUCUCCAACACCGCUGUCCGUGUUGGCUCUUUGUACUCUAUCGACUGGGAAAAAGAAAGAGAGACUAACACAAGUUCGAAACAGAGCUCCACCUCCGGUGGCACUGUCGUCCGCGUCUCCCGCAUCGUCAUCCACCCCAGCUACCAAGCAAGCACCUCCAACAACGACGUUGCCGUCUGGAAGCUCUCCAGCACUGUCACCGCCGGUGGCAACAUUGGCUUUGCUUCCCUCGCCGCUUCUGGCUCUGACCCCGCCAGCGGAUCCACCGUCUCCGUUGCUGGAUGGGGAGCUACCCGUGAGGGUGGCGGCGCCUCGACCUCCCUCCUUAAGGUCAGCGUCCCCGUUGUUGCCCGCAGCACUUGCGUGUCCAACUACAACGCUGUUGGCCUCACCGUCACCACCAACAUGGUUUGCGCCGGUGUCGCUGCUGGUGGCCGCGACUCUUGCCAGGGUGACUCUGGCGGCCCUCUCGUCGAUGCCAGCAAGACCCUCGUCGGUAUUGUCUCCUGGGGUUCUGGCUGUGCUCGCCCUAACCUUCCCGGUGUCUACUCCCGCGUCGGCUCCCUCCGCAGCUUCAUCGACCAGAACGCUUAAGCGUACACAUGAAAGCGAGUUGGAUAUGAUUUGGAAACAUUUGACUUUGGAUAUGAAAAGAGCAACGCCUUUCAUGAGUAUGGUAUGGGGGAGGCCCUGAAGGGGGAGGGAAACGGGGAUGAUGGACUUU